CUGGCAUCAUCUCCAGCUUUGAAACACAUCAUCCUCUACAGUGGUGUUUUUAUUGCAGAAGGACUCGGAUAAUUUGCAAAAAUGAAGUUUGCCAUCCUCUGCCUCUGUCUGGCUAGCACAGCCUCAGCUGCACCUUCCAUCUUCCAUUACCUGCCUCAUUACGCAGGUUCCAGGCCACAGGUACCACCCUCACAGGUGAGAAAUCCCUUCCCAGCUGCCCAGUCUCUAACACCACCUGGACAUCCUGGUGCUUACAGUGUGGAACUGAUUUAUCCACACAGAUUUGCUGGUGGUGCAGGUGCACAGCCAUUUGGUUUCAUGAAAAUCUCCAUUCCUCAGCCACCAGGCAGAUCCAGUGUGGAAGUCUACUACCCCUAUGACUUCUCCCAGCAAAGGAUCUUAACAAACAUUCCUCCCAUGACAAACGCCCCUCAUAUGACAAAUGUGCUCCCAUUUGAUUAUCCUCCUCAAAAUAUUCCCCAGCAAAUGCCAAAUAUUCCCACAUUUGAUGCCAGUCCUCUCCCAUCCCAGGAUCCCCUGCAGCCUCUGCAGGACCAGCCUGCACAGACAAGCCAGAUGCCGGCGAAGGUGUGAAGUGAAUGAGAAGCACGACAAGGAGGCAAAACUAUUCCAACUUCCUUGAUAUUCAGAAAUCUGCAACGGAACAAAUGACGUUAAAUGACUGACUCUGUUUCUGCAACAUGUGUAUGACCAUAAAAUAACCACUUUUUAUUAAGGAUAUUGUUGCAAUAGUGAACUAAAUUACAGCAAGAUCAUCUGCGUAGAGUGAAACAUGUUUCUGAAGAAUCUUUCUGCUUUACUUUAUAGUCCUCAUAGAUUUUCACUGUUAUUGAGUUAAUCGAGUACUUUGUAAUGCUGCAUUUCCACAGUGUAAAACAAACGUGCUUCAUUUGUGUUUGUAACUAAUUUGAACUUUUCCUGAACUGUCAUUUUCCUUAAGAAUUAAAGUCUAAGUUUUCAAGCAA